GACGACAGCAUAUUCGUUGUUCUCGAUCCAGCAAAUCUCGGUGUCUGGAAACCUGCGUUGGUUGACGGCAGCCGAUCCAUCUCGGGCAAGCGAGUGGCAGCAAGGAUAUCUUUGCAGCCAGUGCGGUUGAACCGUCAAAACUGGGGAUAGUUGAAGUACCAAUGGCACCAAAAUCUGGCGCUUGAGGCGACAACGGCCAACGUGAUGGCGAAUGCACCCAUUUCCACAAUCUUUGGGAUCACCAUAGCGCGCAGGACCGCACCGGCGGCCUUCCGUGAGGCACAGAACUUGGCCAUGUCUAUGGGUUUACCCCACUCACGCCGCGGCCAACGUCGCACGAAUUUGCUUGAUUUCCAACCAAGAUCGUCCGGCAAGGGUCCACCACGGCUGCCACCGCAAGCACAUGGGGGCUCGGGAGGCGGUGAAGGCGACGUUGCACGCAGCUGGUGGGGCUUCUACCGGUCCCAUUCCCUUCCAGUGCCGUUGCCGAGUAAAUCACCCAGGACGCACUUCCGACGUUCAACCGACAAACAAAAUCAACGUGUCGGCGACCGAUCCUCGACGACAUCGUUCCUGUCGUCGAUCACAUUCCGUUUAGUCUGGGAUCGCUUUGUCGCGCAAUGGCGAAAGGAAGGUUCCGCUCUACGUCCCGAGGCAUCGAGAGUUCAUGCGGUCUGAAGCCGUUUUAACGAUAUAGUAUCGAUCAACGUCGUUUCGUC